AUGCCUAUCUGCAUAGAGUGCUCGUACCCGGUCUCGCACCUGUACAGUGCUUACAGUCGCGCCGAUGAUCGCUCCCAAGGAAAAGGCGUGCGAUUGACCCAGUGCCCGCGCUGCCAACGCUUCGCCGACAAAUAUGUCGAGUACGACUUUGUCGUGAUCUUUAUUGACCUAGUACUCAUUAAACCACAGGUCUACCGACAUCUCCUCUUCAACCGACUCGGUCGCGAUGAUGACCGAUUUGAUCGCUCAAUCAUCCGCCUAGGUGUCCUUCUCCUUUUGUUCGAUGUGUACUUGACUUGGGCACGUCUCGAGAAAGAUCCAUCCCUUGCGACAACAUUCAUCUCUCGUGCUCCAAUCAUCGUGCAAUACCUCUUCUUCCUGACCCUAAACGCCCUGGCCACUCUCGCACACCACCUCACAGUCCGACUAGUUGCCUCGAUCCUCGUGCCCAAACGUCAUUAUGGUAGCGCGACCGAUACCACAGCUACACCUUCCCCUUCAGGCCCUCCAACACCAACAAUCAAACCCUCUCCUUCGUCGCAAGCACUAAACACUCAACAAGCGAACACCACCCAACCAAAACUCACACCAAACCUCGCCCCCUCAGAUACCCUCUCCCCUCACGAUGCAUUCCUAACCCCACAGGGCCUACACCCUUCCGCAUCUGCAACCUCCAUCUCGCUCCCACCACCAGCAAGACCAGCACCCCUCCGCCGCGCCUCCACAGCUCCAAUCCAAAAUAUCCAACCGCUCCCUCCACCAACAGCCGCAGGCCCCACAGCAAUAAGUACCGCAUUGCUUGUAAGCAGUUGCGCAAAGCUAUUUCCCAUCCUCCUGGUAAUUUGGGGCUCAGAUGGCAGCGGAAACGCAAACAGAACAGACAGCAACAAUGCGACUCCACGCGCAACUCCGCACGGCGCAUUGCGAAAAGAAGCUACAAGCAUGCUCAACGCCAAGGCAGCUCUAUCUUCUACCCGCGAUGCAGAGUAUUCUUCGUCUUCGUUAAUAGAAGCGUGGCUUGCGGCUGCGGAAUCAUUGUUGAGACCUUAUUUGCCGACUAGAUAUCUUACAGGCUUGUUUGAUGUUCUUGCUUCGUUGCUCUCGCUUGGUAUUGUUGAUACACAUCUUGUGCUGCUGAGCAAUAUUGAGGCUCUCUACAUUCUGCUUGGAUGUGGGUAUUUGAGGGCUGUUGCUGUUGCUGUUGCGGGGCAAAUUGCUAGGUGGGCGGUUCAGAAGGUUAUUCUUGGGGCUGUGGGGGUUGGUUAA